ACAUCUGUUCGGGGAACGAGGACGCGUUCCAGCCGUACAUUACACGAAUGAUAUAUUGAUAGCGAACGUCGGGCUUUUUUCGGACGUCUAUGUGAGCAUUUCUUGAACGCCGCCCAGUUCUUCCCGUCUCAGCUGUAGGAAUUCAGGUCCCUGAAACGAGUCGGUGGCAGAAGAUGUAGUAAUUGUUUACUUUUGAUUGGUGAAGACAAUUGCCCGUACAAAAGGCACUAUGCUAUUAUUGCAGGCUUGUGGAUGUAAUAAGUGGAGAUUUUGACAAAGAGCCUAGAAGAUGGAACUCCCACAUCACAUACGUACCUCAGAGUGCCAGAAGGCCCGUUAUUCUAAGUCUGCUAUCAUUGGAGCAACGUUAGGUUUUUUAGUUCCAGUAUUAUUGCCUUUUGUACAUCUGGGCGUAAUAUCUCACCUAUGGGAUGAAUUUAACUACAAGGUAGACCGCCGAGGAUGUUCAUGUUCAUGUUGGGAUACUAUAUUUAAAGGAAUAUACGAACGAGGGCCAUCUGGAUACAAGCAUGUAUAUUUCAAUAUAACUUCCAACUCGUUCAAGAUCUGGUUUGUUACAGUGUUGGCCAUCUUGCUUGUAUAUGAAUCAGUGAAGAAAGUAAUUCGGCUGUACUCUGUAGGCCAGAUUCGGACAUCUAUGUUUGUACUCCUGUUGGCCAGUGUUUACCCCCAUUAUUAUUCGUGGUGGUCGUACUUCAACUACUGGAAUGAUGAUUUCUACACCCAGUGGAGCCACCAGCUGUUCUUCUCUUUCACAGAGCUUGCUUCAACUUUGGCCGUUGUUUAUCUGUUGGACAAGCAAGUAAAUAUUACAGCUCGGAGGGUAUUGAUCAUCAUAGACAUUGCCAUUUUACACAUUCUCUCAUCAAGCUUCGACCAAUUUGUUGAUAAUGUUGUCAAUGGUAAUGGAAUGCUACAUCAGGUUCUUCGUGAUGUAUUCUUUAUGAUCCCAGACCUUCUUCAUGUUGUCCUUCCUUUCAUGGAACUCAGGGAAGUUGCUCGUUCACUUGAUGUUCCCACAGUAUACAUAAUUUCAAAUAAAGAGUUUUUCUUCUCUGUCACAUUUGUCAUCACUGGGUGGCUUGUAUGUUUGAUGUUGUAAUGGGUUUUAUAUCUUGGAUCUACUGUAUAAAGAGCCUUCAUAAGUGUCUUAUAAGUGAUUUUGAAAUCACUUUACCAUUUUGAAAUUGGUGUAGAGUACUGGUGAAAAUCCUUCUUAGAUUUUUAUACAUACAAGAUUUUAGUCAUGAAAGGGUUAGUGUUCCACAUAAUGUUUUUUUUAAGUGAAAGGCUAUAUGUACUAUAACUGUUUCUUCAGUAUGGUAUCACAUUCUAAUGCAGGUAUGUGAAAUAUGCACAUGUCUUUUGCAUUUAUGUUUUGAAUAUUUAUGAGGUAUAGGCAUGUCAUACAAUAUCAUGCUAGGCAUGAGAUAUUUUAACGGAUCUGAGGUUAUGCCUGAAUUUCAUAGAUAUUAUCUCUAGGUUUAAGCUGAUCUUCACACAGAGUGGUAUGAAAUUGUUUUAGGUUCACAAAUUAAAGCAGCAGGUACUCAAGGUAUUAGAAGCAUCAAUAAAUUUUUCUCAUGUCAUUGAUUAAGAAAUUUUCUAUAGGCAAGGACUCUCCAAUAUGCCUUAUUUAGAGACUAGUAGGAUUUUUCACUGAUAGUGCUAGGAUUUUUGUUUCAUGGAGGAGUUUUAGUCAUCCGUAUUCAUAGCAAAGGUGAGAUAGACAGCACAAUAAUGAUUUUGGAAGUCAUUGAUCAUAUUUGAUAGGUUGGAUAUUAAAAAAUGACAGCAUUGUUGUGUUUUGAAAUUUUAAUGUUUUGGUUUGUUAUACUACACAGUCUUACAGAACAUGCUGAAUCUAAUUAAAAGUGAAUUUGAAUAGUAGUAAUAGAUGAUGAACCAGUAUUAGUUUAGUCUCACCUAUCUUAAUAUAUAUAGUAGAUGUUAGCUACAUAUAGUAGAUUUUGGAUAGUUCUUAGGUUUAUUGCGAUGUGUUUUGCUGUCCUUGUGCUUCAUACUUUUGAAAAUGAUGUAAGUGGAGAAAUAUAAUAUUGAACUUUGGAAAUGGAAAAUCUUGGCAUGGUUUUCUUACAGUAACUAGUAAGCUGUGUUAUAACAAUAAUGAAUUAUGGAACUAUAGGAACUAUCUCAAAACUUGCAGACCUGGAUGUUGGACUAUAUUGUUGUUUAGUUACAGGAGAAUUUAUAUGGGAAAAAUUUCCAAUGUUUGUGUGCUAUGGCAAUGACUUUCAUCAUAGCUUUUAAUGAUUUUCUAGCUCAUGUUAGGUAUGUUGAGUUGCAUCUUUUUGUGUCAUCUCUUUGAUUGUUUUUAGCAUCUCUGUAGAUGGUUUUGGCAGCUUUAUAAUUUUAUCGUUCAGGAUGAAAACACUGUGAUUUAAUUGUAUUUCAGAGAUUGUUUUUAGCAUCUCUGUUGAUGGUUUUGGCAGCUUUAUAAUUUUAUCAUUCAGGAUGAAAACACUGUGAUUUAAUUGUAUUUUGCUUCUGUAUUUUUGUGGUUAGCCAUGUAACUAGAUAUCAGUGACACUCUUGUAGUUCAUAACAAUAUCAAUGUUGAAUGAGUUUUCCAACUUUAUGGCUGUGUACCUAGAUCUCUAGUUAGAAUAUUAUUAUUGGUUCACCACUGAUGUACUUAAACUAAAGUAAGGUAGGUCUUUUUCUAUUUCUAUUAUUAAUUUUUCCAUGGUAGCAAUUAACUUAUCCAGUUUUAUAAAUGAAUAACUUCUGAGAAUAUGGUGAAACUUACUGUUCUGGAAUUUGAAUUUUUAUUUGUUGGGGCAUUGAAAAUCCUCUAACGUUCAUUUAAAACACUCAUAUAGGCAGUCGAAAAUCAUUUUCACCUUCAGUCUCAUAUCUUUACCUAAUUUUGUCGUUUGCAGAUUAUAAUGAAUAUAUUUUAUUGGCUUCUCAUAGGUCAUCUACAUAUAUUGUGAGUCAGAUAUGUUUCAGUGUUCACAGAUGUUUUAUAAAAAAAACUUGCUAAAUUUUUUUAGCAACCAUAUUCAAAAUGUACAAUAUCAUUAUGCAAUCAUUUAUUCACCAAAUUACCAAUUUCUGCAACCACUUUUGAUACUUCAUUUUCCUUAGCAAACUCCUCAACACUCUCCAGUCUCAUAAGCUCUCCUUCUAGAUUAAGUUCACUACUAUAAGCAAUGCCCACUCCACCAUUUUGCCUACUAGCCAGUGGCUAUCCUGGGAAUGUAUGGUAGUUUUUGUUGUCACUAUAAAUAUGAGAUACGCUUUGAUCGUGAACAUUUCCUAAUCUAGAUGGAAAUAAUUUUGUGAUUUUGAAGUUCCUUAUCAAAUGAAUGACUUAUAUCAUAUGUAUUUUGUUAUUCAUUUUGAAAGACUGCUAGAUGUGUGGAAAAUGUACUUUUUUGCUUUCUGUAAUUUGGGAGACGUAGAUUUCUCUUGGAGCGUAGAAUAUUUGAUUUUGAAUAUUUGUUCUGAUCUAAUUUAUCUGUUUUAUUCCAUGUUAUGCUGUUAUUCAUAGUUUUCUAUGUUUAAUAGAGUUAUUUAGCUUGUAUUAGUUGUUUCUACAUGUACUGAGCCAGUAGUCUACACCAUUAGUAAGACUGAUUUUGAGUUUGGAUCUAAUACUGUAGCAUCCGAUUAACUGUACUGUAGUAGUGUAUGUGACCUGGAGAAGGCCCUGAAAGAAUUAGUGUAUUAAUUUUGUAGGUAAAUGUUAUCCUUACACUGCUAAAUGUCUUGUAAAUAUCUAUUUUCCUAACAAUUAAAAUGAGAUAUUUAAUAUAUACCUAUACACAUGUAAGCAGUAAAUGUUUCAAGAAAAUGUCAAAGUGAAGUCAUUCUCAAUACUUAUUAAUUAUUUAAGAAAUCUUUUGAUAAUUGUAUAAAAUCAUUUUAAUAUAAUGAAUCUUGUGAAUUUAUACUUACACUUAGAAUAGGUGUGAAUCUUCAAGUCCUGGAAACAGUGGAGUCUAUAUAAAUGUCAGGUAGCUUUGAGAUGAAAACAUGUCAAACUCAAAAUUUGAAGAGUAAAUCCUCAGCAUUCAUACAGCUCUGCAAAAUGGUUUUUCAGAGGAUAAUUUAUUAACUUGUGGGUGACCAGAUUUCCUGGAAUAUUUCCUGAUGACUAUGUGACAUGUGGCCAGUUCCAACCUUAGGUCUCACUGUUAUUUACCCGGAGGAACAGAAUGACCUUGGUGACAAGAAAUAAGGUAAAUGUAAAACAGGCAAAAACUAAGGUGGGGUCUCUGGGAGCUAAUUGAUAUCAGCUCUUUAAAUGCAUUAUAUCACAGGAAAUAUUAAAUGUUGGUAUGUAACCAGGUAUUUGAUGGGGUUAACAGUACAGCUGAUUAAGUAAAGGGAACUAGAGUUAAAAGUAGAGAUUUGUAGUACAUUUCAGAUUUAAGCAGUGGAAGAAACAGAAUCUGUUGACUUUUAGGCUGUUGAUGGUUAGGUAGUGAUCAGGUACAUAUAUGCUUUUGGUAUUUGGCAUAAGGGAAAUUAACAGUAAAUAAGUGUCUGACAUUAAUAAUUGAUGGUUGACAGUUAACCUUGGUAGACACAAAGAGACCAAUAAAUAAGGAUAUAGGAAGGCUUAGUUGAGUUCAGUGUACCUUGGACACAAUGGGAAAGAUUUCCUUGGUGUUGAAGCCCACAAUGGAUACUGCUUUCUUGGUAUCUUGAAUGAAAGGCUUAUGGGCUUGGAUGCCAUUUCUUUUCUGAAGAUUGCUCUGUAACAAGUUAUGUAAUGAUGGAGAAGCAGUCAAAACUAAAAGACAGACCUGUAAUGUGGUAAUUUUGUGCUGAGAAGUGUAAAUCUUAAUAACAUUUGCCAUUGAGGAGCGAGAGAUGUGUAUUUCUGGUGGUUCGGAAGUCAUGUAAAGCCUUUGGUCCCGUCACUGAAUAACCACUGGUUCCAUGCAAUGUAAAAACACCAUACAAACAAACAAACAAUAACAUUUGCCUGCUAUGGCUAAGGUGAGGUUUUUUUUUCUUAUAAUUUUGCAUGGUUCAUCGAAUUAUGAGUGACUGAGUCCGCUUCAAGGAUUUUGAAAGCUUAGGAACUAAGCAGUGCUGUUUUAUGUGUACUGACUGUGUUGCCUGAAGAUCCUUGAGAAGGCUGGGGCCUUUCCCCUGGACAUUGCCUCUGCUGUUUAGUGUUUCUGAAAUUCAGUAUGAAGAAUAAAUGGCAGAUUGUGGAAUUGUGAUAAGAUGGAUAUUAAUAGCCACCCAUUUUUAGUAUUAUUUAUGGAUCGAACACAUAGUACUUGAUUCAGAAUGAAGGUAGUAGUGUGGCUUUAGGUCCAGUAGGGAUUCUUAUUAGGAAAUUCCUUUAUCCUAGAGGAUGUUGAAAUGGUGAAAAGAAAAAGUUCUUGGACAGAGGAAGUAUGGGAGCAGUGGCUCAGGAGAUCACAUGAGAAGCUGGUUCACUUCAUAUAUUACUAAUGUAUUCAGUUCCUGAAUAUGGAGAAUGCAGAACUACACAAAUAUGUACUCAAAUAUAUACACAAAUAUGUACUCAUCCGAUAUUCAGCUAACAAAAUAAAGUAUCAAAAACAAACCUAUGGAAGAAAUUUUGCAAGAAAUCUUGUUUAUCAUUGUCAUAAAAUUUUUAGUGCGUUACAAUACUGUAUGAUAAAUAGGUAUUACUCGUUAAGAGCAAACCCUUUUGGGCCCACUCAAUAAGAUUCAGACUGCUAAUUUAGAAGUCUGAUUAAACUAUUUAUUGUAAUGAUAAUAUUGGUGAUAAUAUUCUCAUAGUACUAACCAAAAGGAUUUCUAAUGAGGCUGAUGAUUACAGCAAGACAAAACUGAAAGAAUUUGUACAGUGAUGUUGGAUAAAACUUAAUGAUACGCAGUUGUGGAUGCUUGCUUAUUUGGUGCAUUACUUGUAAGGAUAAUGCCUUAAUCAUUAAGACUUAUAGAAUGUAAACAAAAUGCUACUUAUUCUCCCAACAUGAAUUCAUGGAAAUGACAAGAAUGCCCCAAAUCAGAGGUAAUACUGCGUAUUCCAGCAGAUUAUUUAGAAUUUAAUGGUGGUAUUAACUGAACAAGAGAACAUUACAUUUGGGUAGACCUGUACAACUGAGUAGAAAGUUUUUUCUAGCUAUAGGUAGAGGAAGUUAAGAGGCAAAAUUACCCGUUGCAGAGGGCAACCAUCCACUAAAAUGACUGCCAAGACUGCUGUAUAGAGGCAAACAUGGGUAGAUCAAAAAUUGAAAAGUUCAUCAAAAGGAAAUGCACCUUGGAUUUGUAGGCUGACACAUUUGUCAGAUUUUGAGGUACCAGUCAACCUCAUAGCCACCUGUAUAAGGGGCAAAUAUCCAUCCUCUGAACAAACCUUUUCCUAAUACGGUGUAUGUAUGUUGAGGGUCUUUCCUCUUUACUUUGUAAUGAAGUUAAUUGACAGUAGAACUUAUCAAGUUUAAACGCUUGAUCAUAAGAAAUGAAUUUAUAUGGCAAUAUUUAUUAGGUUACACAGAAUUUUAUAGAAUUUCACACCUGAGAUAUAUAUAUAUAUACAGUAUAUACAACAUGUUUAGAUUUGGCUGUAGGUGGAGAUUUUUAUUGCUAAUAAUGUAAAUUACAGAUAAAAUUUUUUUGUGAAUUUGCCUUAAUGUACAUUAGUGCCCACAAUUUUUUUCUGCACUAAUAUCAUGGCAUAAUGACACAUACUGUACUUUGUUAUCCUGUAUGAGUCAUUCUUAGUUUGUACUGAUGUAUCCAUAUAUGGCAGCCUAUAAAUGAUUGUUAUUCACCAAUUUGUUAUGUGAUAUGCCUUGGUAUUAUAUGUACUUGUAAUUAAGUUGUAGUUAUUAAUGUAUACAGUAGUCACAUUCACUGAAACUUUGUUUUCUCAGAGGCACUUUUGUAUACUGUACGUAGAUUUGGGUGUGGUAGUUUUUCGUUUGGUUCUAGUUUUAGUACAGUUGUGAUUAUUUCUAAAGGCAAGAUUUUUCUUGUUAUUUGCACGUGAUUAUAUACCGCAUAGUUAAAGAAGUUUCUUUUAAGAGCAAGUGGUGCUUCUGGUUUUUCUAACUUUCACCUGUUUGCCUCAGUGACUCAAGAAGUGAAAACUAUUUUUUUCAAGAGCACUUCAUAUAUUUUCCUUGAGAAUACAAUAUUUAUUUUUGUAUAUUUAUCAAUUUUAUACAUAACCCUUGAUGAGGGGAAGAAUUUCUUCUUCCUAUGCAGAUGUAAAUUUUUCCUAAGCAAAUGAAUUUUCACAGGAGCUUGUUGAAUUUUUAGAGUACUUCAUCUGUAAGUAGAUAGGUAUUUAUUGAAUUUAUAUAUGUAAUUCCUCUAUUACAUUUUGGUGUUCAUGCAUUCUGAAACAGUAAUGUUGAUUGCAAAUUAUUACAGUACUACAACAUGAAUUUUAUUGAAUGUUUGUGCUUGCCGAGUAUAAUGGACUUUUAUGUUUUGAUAAUUUAAUGAAAUCUCGGUACAAAUGUAGGUUUUCUAAUCAGUAUUCGUGACUGAGGAUUAUGAGAAAGUAUCCUCUUCAUUACUGUGCUUAUUGCAGUGCUAUUUUAAAUUGUUGUUAUAGUGUGUUUGAAUCAGGCUGGUUGAGAGAAGCCUUACACACUAAAAAUGAUGUAAUUGGUAUUCCUUUUGUCUUCAUGAGAGAUAAAUGAAAAAAAAGGAUCUUCCUGUUGUACUUAUUCUGGACUGUUUUCUAGUUAGAUGUACUUACUUUUAAAUUAUUAAUAAUUUGUUUAAAAUUUAUAUAAUGUGAGAUCUUAACACUUAUUUUUAUAGUUGUGAUACAUAUGAAUGUUAUGUGUAGUAAAAGUUUAAUUUUUCAUCAGUGACUUAUGCUUAUUACUUAUUCAGUGUUAUUUUGUUGUUCUUGCUGAAGUAAUGAAAGCACUUGCCUUAUAGUUUUUUCUCCAUAAAAUGUACAUAAUUAUGCUUUUGCCAGUUUCUCAUCAUCUUCAGAAACAUUUAUGUGAGCAUUUCCUUCCAAUAUGUUAGGCUUGAAAGGAGUUCCCUCCUGUUUUGCCUGUUCUAUGCUCUUUCUGCUUGAACUCCUAAUUACAUCUUGGCCUUCAUCUAUCCCCUCUUUAAUUAUUUCCUGCGUCUUCCUGUAGGUUUUUGUUAUGCCACUUCCAUAUCUGAUGUUUUUCUGUUCAGCUGUUUGUUAUUCCUUCUCAUGACAUGUUCAAAUUGUCUCAUUCUUUGAGAUCUUAGUCUGUUAAGCAGCCAAUGGGCACAUCAGCCAAUUUGCACAUCUUUUUCUUAGUUAUAUACCAAAUUGUAGGAAAAUGUGCAAAUGAAGCUACAUUUCAAAGUUGUACUGAUCAAAGUGAAAGACGCUGAGAAGUAAGGUAGCAGUGGGUUAUUCCCACAUGUACAAUAUAAUAUAGGACCAUGGAGUUGUGAAAAAUCACUGUAAGAAUGUAAUAUGUAAGGAGGAUAAAAAAGGUUGCAUGACUUUUAAAAGACAUGCUGUGAAUAUGGUGGAAUGGUAUAAACUUAUGGUAUCUUGUCAUUGAUUACUGGGAUGCAUUUACAGAAAUUUGGCUUAUUCUUUGACUUUAGCAAAUAUCUUUCAGAAUUGAUAAGGUAAAACUGAUAUCUGAAUUCUGUAAAUGCACAUGGAAUAUUGUGAAUUCUUGCAAGUUUCAUGCUUUAAAUAUGCUCAUUGCUCACUGUAGAGUGAUUAGAAGCAAAAUUGAGUUAUUCUUGUGAGAAGGAGAAACAUUAAGUUAUCUUCAAGUUCAGCAUUUUAAGCUUAGCUCUGUGGUAGUAACAUUAGUACCCUGCUUAUUAUACAUUCAAGUAAUUGCCAGAUUCAUUGUUUUCUAGAGGGAAACACAAUUUUUCAGAUUCGCUAAUAAAUGUUAAGGAAAACACUCCUGGUCCAUCAGUUAGAUCACUGAAGAGGGACUGUACCUUAUUAUAAAUCCAAAUGAGAGAACUAAAUGAACACCUUAAUUCUUUCCUUUACCUUGAUGGUAAAAAUUCUGAGGAGAGAACUAUAUGAACCUUUAAGUCAGGCUCACCCAUUAGAAUUGAUUUCUGCUAGCCUUUGCUUCAGCCAGGAAAGUCAGUAAAUAGAGUUUUUGGGCAAAUUCAUCCAAACAAAAGGAUGGACCUCUGUGGGACAUUCCUGUACAAGGUAUUUAGGGGCUAAUAACAAGUUAUCUGGUAAGCCCAAAGAUGCUUUGUUACUGUUUACAAUCCCAUUAGUAUAAAACUUUAUUAAAUGAGGUGACCUAGAGAUCCUCUUACACCCAGUGAAAGUGCUCAAGUAAUACAUCAGACAAUAAGACCUGUCUGUAUAUGGCUUCGGAUCUAUCAGUAUGGUGUACAGAAAUAUUGCUGAAAUAUACCAACUUUGUGGUUGAAGGUGUUUUGUAAAACAUGCAGUUCAAUACUACUAGGAUAAGAUUUUAACAUAUUACUGUCCAGUUUACUUGACAUUGGUGCUCUAUUGAAAUCUAAAUAAAAAAGAAUUGCUGUAUGUCUGUGCUCAGAUAUGUAAUACAGAAUGUUGAUGUUAAGGCACUGUUUCAUGGGUACAUCUUCGUAAAUUCCUUAACUUCAUUACCUUCUUGUUCAUGGUAAUUUUGAAAUACCUUUUAUUCUCUCAUAUUUGUCAGAACAUUACUACUUUGAGCAGUCAUGCAGGUGGUUAGAUUGAAACAAUAAUUUAGAUCUGUAAAUGAAAAUGGGUUCGUAGACCAUGUUUUAGUUGGAGGCCCAGUCAUACAAAAUUUUGUUGAGCCAUUAUGGGCCUCCUUCCUUUAUAGGAACUUUUGAAUCCGUAGAAUAGUAGGAUUUUACAUAUAUGAGUGCAUACGGAAUUUGAAAGAACUAUAAGUUUUUUAUAAUUAAAAGCAUUACAUUUUACCGUGAGUAUUUUCUCAAUCCCACCAAGUGGAAAUUUCUCUUGGCCUCAGCUCCGUGAGGCUUAAGGCAUUAUGUAAGUGUGGGUACUCAUAGAGGCUGAAUACCUGAUUAUGUCUCCUGCUAACUAUUGUCCAGUGACAGUAUGUGUGUAAAAUAUAAAAGGUUUGUAUUAUGAAACAUAAGUUUGUAAUUUGUUUUAUUUGCAAUGUAACAGGAGAUACAUUGGUAUUUUCUCAUGAAAAUGGGUUUCAGUAUGAUUUUUGAGUCCAGUUAAGUAUAAAAAUUGAGUUGGUACAGAUCUUUUAUACCAAUGUUAUAUUCAUUAAUGUCUUAAAUAUGAUUUCCCCUGUAUAGUUACUACUAUGUUAUUUCAAUUAGGAAUGAGGAUACUGAGGUACGUACUCUGUAUUGUGUUCUCUCCAUCUGCUCCCCACAUGCAUUUUAUCAUUAUUUCAUUAUUUUAACUAGACAGCAGAGCUGAAAAUUAGUUUUUCAGGACUGGGCAUAAAGUGAUUCCUCCAAAAACUUACUUUGACACUUCUGUGUAUAAGAAAGUGUAUCUGCAUAUUGAAGUUAACGGAUGUCGGUUGUUGUAGAAUGUACAUAUUAAUUUUUCUAGCUUGUAAAAGGUGACCAAACUACAGUAUUUGCUUAAUAUUAAUAGUAAAAAGCAUUGAUAAGAACAUCAUGUAAUAAUUAUGAUUCUGUAUUUCAUUGUUACGUGCAGAUUAUUGUAAACUAACAACUUAGCUGACUUAGGCUAUUGAUGGUAGAAUAGCUAAGAGAUAUAUAGUGCUUAGCAAACCAAAAGGGACUUGAAGAAAGUAAUAAAAACUAAAUAGGUAAUAACAGUAGAGGAACACGGAAAGCACUGGUUACAAAAGAAUAUUUAAAAAUCUAAUAUAUCAUUCAAUAAAUGUCAAAUAGUACAUUGUUGAGAUUUUGUAAGCUAUAAAGGUAUCUGCCAUCUGCUAGAUGAACUUACUGUGUUUAGAAAAAAUAUUUAUCCUUUUAACAUUUCCGUUUACAUAUCUUACACCUCUUCAUCUUUUGUAACUCGCUAUGAAAAGAGUUAGUACCUGAAGGUUUCAAGUGAAAUAUUAAUCAGAGCAUUCAAUACAACUGCCUUUAACUUGAGAAUUGAGCUGACAUCUUUACCCUCAAUUGACAUUUUUCUAUUAAGUCAGGAUAGUUUUCUUGUCAGUCAUUGUAAUCAAAGCAAUUACAAAAAUCAGUUUUUUGCAAUUUUAACACUGAAUUAAUGCACUGCCUUUCUGAAAAAUAUUGGCCUGUUUAAGAGAAUAGCAGUCAGAAGGAUACUCGUCAGCUGGAAGGUUACUGGAAAUUGGUGAUACUACUGUGCCAGCAGACUGGUAUCAAACACCUCACAUUCUUCUAGAAUCAUUUGUAGCUGUUUUACAGUUAUUGGUAACUAAUACAUUAUAGUAUAAAGUAACUAAUAUGGUUCAAAUUAUAACUAACUAGGUAAUCCAUUGGUCUCACUCUUAUUCAUAAAUAAAUGAAUAGGUAUUAGUUUUGUGUCAAAGGUAUUGUCUUAGCAGUGGCUCUGUAGUCUUUAGUUAUGUUGUGUACACAUCUUAAUUUUUCUGGUAUUUUUGACAGUUAUGAAUAGAUGUACAUAUCAUAAUGGUGAUAAAGUAGUGAUCCCUAUAAAAUUUGAUUAAACUGAAAAUAUAGUAUUAGAAGCAAACAAGCCAAAGUAAGGAAGACAAGAGUUUGUAGGCUAGACAGAAACAAACGUUCAUUCACUAGCUUAAAUUCAUGUAGCCAUUAACCAGUUUUGGAUAAAUGUACAGCACAAAGACAGCAAAUAUGUGUAUACUGCCAUGCCACAUACCCAAAAUUACUGUAUUGCUGCUUAACAUCUUAUAUAGCUUUAAAAUGAUAUCAUUGAUAAAUGGUAUGAAAGAGAGUUAUUGUAAAAUAUCUUUAAAUAGGCUUGAAAGGUCUUCUUUUCAGUUACUUUUGGACACUGAAGCCACCACAUGUGUAUCUUUCUUUUUCUCAGUCUUUCCAGAUGUCACAGGCAUACUGCUUUGGGUGCCAUUUUUUUGCUUUCCUGUAGUGGCUUCCAUGUACACAUUUUAAUACUAUGUUUGCUGCAAUUUUUCUUUCUGCUCCUUGAAUACUGCAUUUUUCAGUUUUUAUUAUUUUAUUCUUUUGAGUGUCCUGGUUCACUCUUCUUUAUGGCACUUUCAACACAGCUUGUAUCAGUAUAUGUAUUGGUAGUACAAUGUAUCAUACAUGCCUCGCCCAUUGACAACAGUGCAUUUUCUUUGUUUAGUGACAAAUAUACUCUCUUAAUUUCUCUUCUCAUCUGUUAUCAGUUUCUUUCUGGACUUUUUGAACAUUUUGUUUGGCAACCACAUAUAUCCUUGUCUCUGGCAGAAUUUCAACAGUGGUUCAUUUUCGGCAGAAUUUCAACAGUGGUUCAUUUUCCUGAUUUUUCUGUCAAAGCUUUAUUUUCUUAUGACAUCUUCAGAAAAAGCAGUCACCUCUUAUGUGCCCCUUCAGAUAACCUCCAACUAAUACGCUACUCAUCUACCUUUUCAUCUUGAACCAGUAUGUGCCUUCUCAAUUUUGUCUUGUCAUUCCACCAGAAUUAGCUCCUCUGUAUCUUACCUCCUGUUAACAACAGUUGUCUUUGCAUCUUAUAAAAAUAAACUUUCUUCUGUUGUCCCAACAUUUAAUGUGCUUCAUUGCUUUGUUUGUAUAUUUUUCAUAGUUAAUUCCCUGCACUUUUUGAGUACUUAAUGUUUGGGGCAUUUGAUCAAGGGAAUCCAUGGCUAGUUGUUAAUGGUGUUGCAUUAUUUACAAGUUUCAUGUGCCCUCACAGACUCAACCCACCCCAUUUAUUCAGGCCUGGGACUAGCCGUUGAUUGUUUUUAACUUAAAGUUCAAAAUGUCCCAUUCCCGACUAUGAAAGUUUGAAUUUAUAACCAAUUAUACAUUAUAGCUACUGUUUUCCAAAAUUAAUAUUCAUUAUGCAUAUUUUGCUUAGCCUUAUAGAGGAAUAUUGUCUCAUUCUCAUUUUUAAAAAAAUACUUGAUGCAGUAGUUUGGUUUAGUGAUAUAUCACUUAAUAACUGAUGUGUGUGGCAGAUGGAGUUGAUUACAGUACUAAUUGGUAAUGGUAAUACAAAAAAUAUUUGGACAAAUGAACCCUCAUGACUAUAUCGUUUUACAGUUAAUAGAAUUAGAUACCUAUAUGUGGAACAACAAAAUAAUACUGAAAAUACAGUUUUGUAAUUUGUGUACAUUUUGAGUUUUACCAUUACACAUCUGUUCCAUUAUUGCUAUGAAUAAUGUAUUUAUAAGAGUAUUAAGGAUGUGAAUUUCUAAAAGACAUGUAUACAGUAUAGAAUUUCUGGUUUAACUCUUUUAUGAAAGCAUUAUAUCAGAAAAGUUGGAAUAACUUACAGGUAAGUUUUAAAUCACAUGUCUUAAUUUAAAUGUAAAUUUUUAAAUGUUAAUGUAGUUGUUGUAAAAGUAUGGAUGUUAAAAGUAUGCAAAGCUUACAUAUGACCUGGUUUCAUGGAUCUGCUUUUGGUGAUAAUUCUUCAGUAUUUUGUAAACAAGUACGUAUAUGAUGUUCAGUCAGGAAUGGUUGUUGUUUACAUAUACUCCAUUGUACAUGGUUUACAUUACAGUAUGGAGUAACUGAGAAUAUUGAUGUUUAGACAGUGGGAAAGAGAACUCCUGUUCAUUAUACAAAUGAAUAAUGUUAAGACUGCCUUGAAGCUACUUUUAUUAAUGUGAAAAUUUGUAAUUGGUGAAGUUUUUGUCUGCUAACCAUUGGUUUAAUGAUUAAUACAUGUACUAAAGUUAUCUACUAGCACCUAAUAUAGCUCCAUGAGGGAAAUAAAGAAGCUCUAGGAUGGGAUGAA